AUAUCGGGUGGUGCUCCGAGCACUCCAGGAGCGAUUUCAAAAGCCCUCCAGAAAUCGAUUCCCAGAUACAAAUCUUGCUGCAGGCAGCACAACACGUCCCAAAAUUGGACGACUGGCUCCUGCCGCUGUCCUCACCAUCGACGUGUAUGGCUGCACAGUCCAUCCCAGCUCAUCAACCAAUUCCCGACAUCCUCUUCCCAAUAGACUAACCGAAGCUCCCGUGUCUAGAAGACCUUUCAUCCUACGUCCCUGGAUCUCCACAUCUGCAAACACCCGUGGAUCCGUGUUAUCGUCUCGCCGUACAGCCUCGAUGACCUGUCGCCUCGUCAAUCGUCGUUGCCGGAAACGUGCUCUAGCCUUCAAGAUGCGUCGAGUGACCAGUGUCAUCACCUCCAGCUGUCGCUCGCCAAAAAUUCUAUUCCGGGCCGACAUGUAUGCCCGGACACGUUCUUUGUAUGGCAAGCCUCGUAAUGUUUUUCCUCUUAUCCUGUUGCCGUCUCCAUCUCUACAUCCUUUGGCCGGAACUCCACUCCUUCCUUUCUACGGUCACCGUUCCCGAACGCGUUUGUCCCGCUCUCACCGCGCUCUCUCGGUAGUUUCCCAGACAAUCUACGCAUUCCGGGCAAAGCGUAUCCGGUUUUCCGCACCGAUAACAAUAGAUUUUCCGUUCUUUGGACAGACAAUCUUGGAAGCUGUGUACAAGUUGGCAGCAGUUCCAACACUUAAUCUUGGAUCUCACGGAAGCCUCUUCAACAUCCUCUAGUGGUGGUUCUGGCGGAUGCGGCGGAAUCUCUACCUCAUGGACUGAGUGUCUGGUGCCAUGAGAAUAGCGCGGCUGCUGAGUGUAUCCGGAUCUCGUCCUACGACCUAAAUUCCUCUCUACCUCGAUGCAGUCUUGACGCAGUUCGUCCACGGUAAUUAUAUCCAUCGCGAAGAUAUACUUCGCCAGGCUCUCCUUCAACCCUCGCUUUAUAAUCCUUACGAGUUCGCGCUCCUUCAUCGGCCUCUGAACACGCGAGGCAAGUUGACGCGAAUGAUGAAUAUAGUCAUCGGCUGACUCGCUGGAUUGUUGCUCCCGCUGCACUAGCUCCUGCAUGAUGUCAUGCUCCCUCUGGUAGCCCCUGAAACGGUCCAUCAGAGCUGGGCGUAGUUGCGAAAAAUUGUCGGCUCUAGAGUGCUUUACGCGCACCCAAUACCACUCGCGCGCUCGACCAGACAAGAGGAUGUGGAACCCACGCAGAACAUCUUUCCACGGGCACUGAUAUUGCCUUUGCAGGAACUCCACGCGGAAAACGAGGUCCUCGACGGAGUGCAUGGGAUCCUCGCCAUCGAACUUCAAAUUCCAUCGCUCCAGUUUCAGGGUUCCUGCCUGUUGGAUUUCUCCAGUUCGUUGCCUGCGGAUCCGGCACGACCGGUGGACUGCAAAGCUCCGGCUAUCGAACCUGGAAAGGAUUGCCUUGGCGUCACUGGCGGUGGAAUAUUGUUUGAACGGUGCCCUUCCGCACGUUUCGGGAUGGCUCCUGUGUGCGGUGCUGGUGCUGCCGAGGCUUCGGUGCUCGAAUUUGGUGCCCGUUCGUCCGGAUGCGUCGCUGUGGAGGCUUCGGUGCUCGAGCCACCACUCGGAGGUCUCAGUGUGUAUUAGCUUCAUCAUUUCUCCGCGACGAGCUCCGAUACGUUUGAUGCAUCGCAGCAACCGCGACGUUUACGGCAGAUUCGAGCACCGUGUCUCUCUGCGGCUCCUUCGGAUAUUGAAGGUCUUGACUGGCCGCCUCUUCCUCCCACUGUAUCAAUUCUUCGGCAGAUGGAGGCUGCCUCUCUGGGAAUCCGCGAAAGUUCAUCGGAGUCCUUGCUAAACACCCCGACGGACGUAGUGGUUGUUGAGCCGGCGCUCCCUGAGCUUCCCAGCCUGUUUCUUCGGCCAUUAUAAGCAAAGACAACUGAGCGGCCUCAAACAAUUUAUUUAAGAAAAUCUACUUAAGGAAAAAUUGAAUAUAAUAAAUAAAUAAAUACUGCCUAGUUGUACUGAACCCUAGAGAAUAAAUAAAUAAUUAAUACCUA